UUAAAAAUCUUGGCUUUAAGACUUGGCUCAUCACUCUCUGCUCUCUCUUCUCUUUUCUGAAAGAGGGUAAAGUUUUCAAAGUCAUGAAGAAAUAAUAAAAAAAAAAAAAAGCUCUUAUCUUUUAUUUUUCUCACUUUCUCUCUCUGAUGGGUGGUUUAAUUGAUCUGAACGUGACGGAGGAAGAAGAAAAAGAAAGAACAACACCGUCUUCAGGUUCAGGGUCAGGGUCGCUCUCUCCGUGUGAUUCAUCGUCUUCAGCUUCUGCGUUUGGUGGUGUGAGUGGGUCUUCUACAAGAAGCUCGUCUGGGGAGGUUUGUCUGGAGCUGUGGCACGCUUGCGCUGGACCCCUCAUCUCUCUCCCGAAAAGAGGAAGUCUUGUGUUGUAUUUCCCUCAGGGACAUCUAGAACAAGCCCCCGAUUUCUCCGCCGCGAUUUACGGGCUCCCUCCUCACGUGUUCUGUCGUAUUCUCGAUGUCAAGCUUCACGCAGAGACGUCUACUGAUGAAGUGUACGCUCAAGUCUUUCUUCUUCCAGAGUCUGAGGACAUUGAGAGGAAGGUGCGGGAGGGAGUGAUAGGUGUUGAUGGUGGAGAUCAGGAGGAUUAUGAGGUGCUUAAGAGGACUAAUACUCCUCACAUGUUCUGCAAAACCCUCACUGCUUCUGAUACAAGUACCCAUGGAGGCUUCUCUGUUCCUCGCCGUGCUGCUGAGGAUUGCUUCCCUCCUCUGGACUAUACCCAGCCCAGGCCUUCUCAGGAGCUUCUUGCCAGGGAUCUUCAUGGCCUGGAGUGGCGUUUUCGCCACAUUUACCGAGGGCAACCUAGGAGGCAUUUGCUCACUACAGGGUGGAGUGCGUUUGUGAACAAGAAGAAGCUUGUCUCUGGAGAUGCUGUGCUUUUCCUCAGAGGUGAUGAUGGCAAACUGCGCUUGGGAGUUAGAAGAGCUUCACAAAUCGAAGGCGCUUCUGCUUUCUCCAGUCAGUAUAAUCAGAAUAUGAACCACAACAACUUUGCCGAAGUAGCUCAUGCAAUUUCUACCAAUGCCGCUUUCAACAUUUACUACAACCCCAAGGCAAGCUGGUCAAACUUCAUAAUCCCUGCACCGAAGUUCUUGAAGACUGUUGACUAUCCAUUUUGUAUCGGUAUGAGAUUCAAGGCAAGGGUUGAGUCUGAAGAUGCCUCUGAGAGAAGAUCCCCUGGGAUUAUAACUGGAAUCAACGAGUUGGAUCCUAUCAGGUGGCCUGGUUCAAAAUGGAGAUGCCUUUUGGUAAGUUUUGGCCUCUUAAUUCAGGUAAGGUGGGACGACAUAGAGGCAAACGGGCAUCAUCAACAGCGCCUGUCACCAUGGGAGAUAGAACCAUCUGGUUCAAUCUCCAGUUCAGGCAGCUUCAUAACAACUGGUCCCAAGAGAAGCAGGAUUGGCUCUGACAUUCCUGUCUCUCAGGGGAUUCGGUCCACAGACUUUGAGGAAUCUCUAAGAUUCCAGAGGGUCUUGCAAGGUCAAGAAAUUUUUCACGGUGGUUUCAUCAACACCUCUUCGGACGGUGGUGCUGGUGCCAGGAGAGGCAAGUUCAAAGGAGCAGAGUUCGGUGACUCUUAUGGAGGGUUCCAUAAGGUCUUGCAAGGUCAAGAAACAGUUCCCGCUUACCCAAUGAUGACCGAUCAUCAUCAUCGGCAGCACCAGGGGAUGAUGAUGAUGAGCCAGAGGAACAUUUGGUGUGGUCCGUUUCAGAACUUUAGCACACGUAUCCUCCCGCCAUCUUCGGUCCACGUGUCUUCAUCAUCAUCAGCACCCUCGAGCGGUGGUCCUAACGCGCGUCUGGAAGAGCAGCACCACGGAGGUUCAGGGAGGUGCAGGCUGUUUGGCUUCCCGUUGAGGGAUGAGGCCACGGCGGUGGUUGGCCCUUGUGUUGAAGGCGGGCAAAACGGGAGUUCCAUAAGAGGUGGUGGUGGUUCUGCUGGUGUUCAAAGCAAUCAUCAUGGAAGGGAUAUAUAUGGGAUGAGAGAUAUGUUGCUAGACAUUGCUCUCUAGUGUUUGGUUUAUGUGUGUGUUUUGUUUGCUUGUGGCUUAAGUAUGUUUCUUAGUUGAUUUAUUAUUAUGAAGAUGACUUGGCUAGCUUAACUCUUUCGGAUGCCACAAGUUGUAAACUUGGUUGUUUCUUUUGCAAGAAUGGUUUUUAUUAUUAGGUUGAAAGUUAUGAAAUGUUUCUGAA